AUGACCGAGCUUCAACCAUACAAGAUUUCUGUUCCAGAGGAUGCCCUCAAAGAUCUCCAGCAACGGUUAGCAUUGACCAAGCUUCCAGCUCAGCUUGAGUCGGAUAAGCAGGACCUGUGGGAUUUUGGAACUCCAGUCAAGGAUGUUCAUCGUCUUGUAGAGUAUUGGAAGAACGGGUUUGACUGGCGAAAGGCCGAAGCGAAAUUGAACGAACUGCCUCAGUUUCAGACACAAAUUGAAGUAGAUGGGUUUGGCAGCUUGAAUAUUCACUAUGUGCACCAAAUCAACACGAACAAGAACGCAAUUCCACUUCUAUUCAGCCACGGAUGGCCCGGAUCGUUCAUCGAAGUUACAAAACUUCUCCCAUUGCUCAAAGGCGACGAAAAUAGCCCUGCAUUCCACAUUGUUGCACCGUCCCUCCCCAACUUCGGCUUCUCCUCAGGAGUCACCCGUCGGGGAUUCGGUCUUGCCCAAUACGCCGAAGUCCUGAAUAAACUCAUGCUCAAGCUAGGCUAUGAUCAAUACGUCACGCAAGGUGGAGACUGGGGAUUCUGGAUAACCAGAGUCAUUGGAUGGUUAUACCCACAGCAUUGCCACGCAUCCCAUAUCAACAUGGUUUUAUCCCGGCCCCCAAAAUUUGCCAGUAAUCCCUGGCUAGCACUACGGCAUACAUUGCUACCAUACAGCUCUCGUGAAAAGCAAGGCAUUGAACGAUCGGAAUGGUUCGCCCGUGAAGGGUUCGGAUAUAAUAAAUUGCAAAGCACCAAGCCGCAAACUAUCGGCACAGCACUAGAAGAUAGUCCCGCCGCCUUGUUAUCGUGGAUUUACGAAAAACUGCAUGAUUGGACAGACUCGUACCCGUGGACAGAUGAUGAGAUCCUAACCUGGAUCUCCAUCUACUGGUUCUCCGCCGCGGGACCGUCGGCCAGUGCUCGGAUUUACUAUGAGUCCAUGCAUGCGUGCCCGAUCAAUGGUAAGUCACUCGAAGAGAUGCUCGGCUAUCUUCCGCAUGUCAAGCUAGGAAUUGCGCACCUUCCUCGGGAGAUUACUAUUGUCCCUAGUUCCUGGGCUGCUGUGCUGGGGGAUGUGGUGAGAGAAAGUGAGCACGCAAGUGGUGGACAUUUUGCUGCCUGGGAGGUUCCGCACGUUAUUGCUGAGGAUUUGCAGGCUAUGUUUAGAAGGGAUGGGCCAUGUUACCGGGCUGUUACUGGAAGAGAUGGUUAUUAA